UUGCCGAGUGUUUAUUUUGUGUUUGAUGUUAUAUGCUAAGUUAAUGACGUUUUCUUCUUAGAUCCUUCUUGCUUUGCAUCUAAAUAAAAGUGAAAUUUCUUUACUGUUAUGAUCAAACUAAAAUCGUGGAAUAAAUAAUCGCAUUCGUAAAUUUGGCAUUUCAGUUAGUCAGUAUGCCACCUCGGAGUCGACUACAUUCGAAAGGUAAAAAAGAUGUUUCUAAGGAUGCAAAAUAUUCUGCAGAAGAAAAUGCAUCAGAUAUAAAAAUAGUCACAAAAGUAAAAUUGAAUACGCCGUGGGCACCGUCAGCAUACACAGCUUUUAAAGUUCUGUUGUCAGCUCGUUUAUGUGCUGCUGUUUGGAGUAAUAUCUCGGAUUGCGAUGAAGUCUUCAAUUAUUGGGAACCCAUGCAUUAUCUAUUAUAUGGAGAAGGGUUUCAAACAUGGGAAUAUUCUCCACUGUAUGCAAUUCGUUCGUAUGCAUAUUUGUGGUUGCAUGCGAUCCCUUGUUACUUAUAUGGAGCCCUUUUACAGUCUAAUAAGGUUUUGGUAUUCUAUUAUUUAAGAUGUCUGUUGGCCUUUGUGAGUGCCAUGUGUGAAGUCUAUUUUUAUCGGUCAGUAUGCCAACAUUUUGGACAAAAUGUUGGUCGUUUGAUGCUUGUUUUACUUACUGUUGGAUCAGGCAUGUUUGUAUCAUCUACAGCUUUCCUCCCAAGCACGUUUUCCAUGUAUUUUGCAACAAUUGCAUUUUCAGCUUGGUUAUUACAAAAAUAUGAGAUUGCUGUUUUUGCAACUGCUGUUAGUACAUUAGUGGGUUGGCCAUUUGCUGUUAUUUUAGGGUUACCGAUUGCGUAUGACAUAGUUAUACUGAAGAAGAAACCUGGAAUGUUUCUGAAGUCAUCUAUAUUUUCUUUAAUUCUGAUAAUGAUCCCUUUGAUACUUAUAGAUUCUAAGCAUUUUGGAAAGUUUGUGAUUGCACCAUUGAAUAUUGUGAUGUAUAAUGUGUUCACAUCCCAUGGACCUGAUUUAUAUGGAACUGAACCAUGCACAUUUUAUUUUUUGAAUGGGAUUUUGAACUUCAAUGUUGGAUUCGUCUGCGCUUUGUUAGCAGCUCCUAUUUUGAUUUUAAAUUUAUAUCUGGAAGGAAAUCAGAAAAAACAGAAGAAUCCAUCUGCAUUUUUAUACCUUGCACCAAUGUACUUAUGGAUGAUAAUUUUCUUCCCUUUAGCACAUAAGGAGGAAAGAUUCCUGUUUCCCAUAUAUCCCUUGAUUUGCUUUGCCGGAGCUUUUGCUGUUGACUGUUUACAGAAAAUAUAUCAUCAGUUGUUUCACAAGAAAAUUAUUGCCAGCUAUUUGGAGUUCACUAGCUGGAUUUCCAUAGCCUUUUGUGCCAUUUAUUGUUUACUUUCUUUAUCUCGUACUGUGGUUGUUUAUAAAGGCUACCGUGCACCAAUUGAAACAUUCAUGGAACUGAGUAGGCUAUCACUUGAUGAAACUUUGCAUCCACUUCCUCCAGAAUAUCCAGUAAAUGUAUGCAUAGGGAAAGAAUGGUAUAGAUUUCCAUCAAGUUUUUUCUUACCUGAAAAGUGGAACUUGAAAUUUUUACAAUCAGAAUUCAAAGGCCAGCUACCUAAACCAUUUUCUGAUUUACCAAAUGCAACUAAGAUCAUACCUUUAGAUAUGAAUGACCAAAAUCUGGAAGAGCGUUCAAGAUAUGUUGACAUCAGGUUAUGUGAUUAUAUAGUUGAUUCUGAUUACCCAAAUCAUUCUUCUUUGGAACCAAGAUACUCUAAAGACAGGAACUGGAACAUUACUUCUUCCAUACCUUUUCUUGAUUCUCAGAGGUCACACAGACUUUUGAGAUCAUUUUACGUACCUUAUUUUACUGACUAUUAUUGUGAAUACGUAGCCUACAAUUUAUUACAAAAAGUUUCCAUAAAAGAUCGACUUCUUCGAAAAAAGAGAAGAGCUAUGCCAAGGUGAAGAAAGAAAUAAUGCAACAUUAAGACUGGCUCUUAUAUGAUUGGCUGUUAUAUUUGAAAAACUGUUGUAAUAAUUUCUGUUUUCUUUUAAAUAUUCAUUAUGGAUGCUUGAAAAGCUGACUUUCUUUAAAUCUUUUCAUGGUGUUUGAAAGUAAUCUUAUGAUACUGUUCCCUUUUCAUUAUAAUUUUACAAUUUUGUUAUUUAAAAGUGUAUAUUUUGCCUUAUAAUUAGAAAAUCUUCCAUAUUUCCUAAUGACUUUAAUUAUCAUGUUUUAAUUUUAAAUUAAUAUUUUUUUUUAAUUUAAGGAUUUUAACUUUAUUACAAGUCACAUUUUUAGACUUUUCAUUUGAAUUGUGUGUUAAGUAAAUAUUAAAUAUUGCUUAUUCAUUCUGAAAAUUAUAAUUAGAAAUAUAUAAAAAAUUCUCUUCGAAUUUAAGAAGAGCCCUGUUUUUAGGACUUCUGUUUUUGCUACAUUGUAGUUAAAUGCAAAUCAAUGAUUGGUUGCGAUUAAUUUUUUUAAAAUAAUGAUAUCUUUUGUGUUCGAAAUUUGAAAUAAGAAAUAAAUAUCUCAUAUUAAGAUUUUAAAUUAAGUUUUGGAAGAUGUAAACCUAAGAGCAAAGAGAUUAACCCUUUUUGAUCAGAAAUACAUUGGGGUCUUUUGGUAUAAAUAUAAUACAUGUUUUUGUAUACAUUUUUUAAUAUUAUAAUAGUAAUACAUCAUCUAAAAUAAAAAGUAUGCAAAUUAUUUAUGAACAUUCUGAUUAGUAAAACUUUUUUUUUUUUACAUUUCAUACAUUCAAUGGGCUUAUCUGUAGAUGUUUUUGUUUGGAGUAUAUAAGGUUUCUUUCAGUUGGAAUUGUAUCACUAGAGCAAUUUUAUAGUUUGAGUAUAAAUAUAUAAGUGACAAAUAUUUGCAAAAUAGUUUUGCCUUUCAUAACACAAAUUUAAGUACAAAUUAAAAAAUACUGAAUUAAAACUGUUUCCCAUUCCCCCCUUUUUUUAAUCUUUGAUUGUGUUAGCAUUGACAUUUCUGCAUUAUUAUUUUCCUUUUUCCUCCUUAGUUUUAAAAAAUUAAAUGAUGUAUUAAUUUUGAAAUGUUAGUUGUUGAUUGAUUAGUUAGCUGUCCUUUUCUUUCUUAGUUGAUUGAUUGUCUGAUAUUUUUCUUUCUCUGAGCUCUGUGUAUGAACAAUAAUAAGCAAGUUUUAUAUGGUUCUUCAUUGAAUACUUAUAUUUUAAUGCAAUCACUUUAAUAGAAAUUUCCAAAUUUUCAGAAUAUGAUAAACUCUGGCAACUGUUAGGCUUACCAUAUUUUUUUUUUUUUUUUUUUUUUUUUUGUCUAACACAGGACAUAGUUUUGAAAUAACUUAAAAGUCUUAAACGUUUACUGUAACAUUAAACUUUAUUCAGUUGUAUUUUUCUGAAUUCUUAUCUUUCUAUAUUAUUCUGAAUUAAUUUUAACAUUUAGCAGAUGUUUAACAAUAAAUAUUUAAAGUCUGCCUUUUUCUGCAAGCCAAAUGUUCCCCAAAGUGGCAAAAUUUAUCUCAACUGAAACAGAUUUACCAUGCAAAGACACCACAAACUUAACCAUUUUAGAAAUAUUAUAACAUAUGAAACAUCAGUCUUUUAAAAUACCUUAAAAAUUGCUUUUCACUUCUCUUCAAUAGUAUCUGGUACUUUAUCAAAACUGGUUCUCCACAAGUCUUAAGUAUUGGAUACUAGAAUUAUAAAAAUUGCCUACAUUUGAGAAGAAUUUUUGUUCAUGUAAUAUUAUUGUUUUCUUUUAGAGUGCUAGCAAUACUUUGACAGAAAAUGGUAUAAAUGUGUGGGUUUUCUUACUGAACUUGACAAAUUAAUUCAGAAUGUGUCUGAAAUGCCUCUGUUGUGAUAGAAUUAGCUUCCAAUUCCAGAACUGCAUUGUGAAACAAAUGUAGAGUACCAUAUGAAAAUUUCAAAAACAGUUCACUUUCUAGAUUUAAAAUAAAUAAAUAAAUAAAUAAUAGUUUUGGGUGUAUGUCAAAAGGUAAGAAGUAUGAUUUUAGGCCAUCAAAAAAUGGAAAGGAUUCUUUCUAUUGCAAAUAACAAACUAAGGUACCUUGUGCUUCUUAGGAGAUAGUAUUUUUUUUUUUUUUUUUAAUCUUAAAGUUUCAAUGCUCAUGCUAUAUGUAUGUGAAAAUAUUUAUAAUUUUUUAUAACAGUAACUUCUGUGUACAGGGGUAGAGAAUCGCAUGCUGUUUGUACUGAAUUAAGUGCAAUCAAGCUAAGCAACCAGUUCCUAAAUUAGUCUAUCAAAAUCACUUUGAACUUUUCUUGAAUACUUUUCAUUCUUCUUUCUCUUCACACCACCAAAAUUACUCUUAAUGUUUUCAGCAGUAUAACAAACGAAUGUUUCUUCAAGUUUGUAUUUUUUCAUACUGUGCAAAAGAUACCGAGUCCAAAUUUGAGCAGUUUCUCCUGACACUUCAUAAAAUUUAAAAGUUUAACAUGAAUUUCCUUCUUCAGAUUGAAAUAUCUUACAACAGUUGGAACAAAUUUUACUUCACUUCUCUUUGAGCUAUCCAUUGCUACUGUUACAUAUUAAUGUUUUUUUUUUUCUAAAGAACACAACACAUUAUCAAAUAUAAAUGGUGUAAUAAAGUUAACAAUAAUUGCCCCGAUUUUGGUUCUAGCAAAUGAAAAUUUUGGGUCAUAUAACUUUUUAACCAGUUUAGGCAUGCAGUUUGGUGUUUUCAAACUGAGUUCAUGUCUAGCAGUAUGAUACAAAAAUGUAGCUUCUUUAGCAGCAUGCACCAGACCACUGUUAUUUUUCCCAUCUUUGGUGUAUGUUUGUUCAAGCAAUAGCAUUAAUAGCAAUUCUAUGUUUAGCUGUUUUCAUGUGGUCUUCAGUGUCACCCUUUCUUUUAUGUGAACAGAAAAUUCUGCAGUACAAAAUGUGCAAUAAACACAUUCAUUAUUAUUGUCAAUAUAGAAUUCUAAAAAUUUGUAGUCUCGUUAUAGGUUACCAUUAAACACACAUUUUCGUUUGCCUGCUGCUAAAUGACGAGACAAAAAAUGAAUAGAGAUAAAAGGAUCAAAACCAUGUAGAUAAGUUUAAAAUGCAGGAUCAUAGUAGUGUUUCAUCUAUUUUACAUGAAUUAUGUUUCCAAACUGUUAAAUUGUGAAUUUUCUUGUAGUAAGUAGAUUCUCAUGAUUUUACGUCAGAUUUUAUUUAUUAGAAUUAUUUUUUUUUUUUUUUUGUUUAGUUUUAAAAUUUCAAAAGCAGGCUUUAUUUAUUUAUAUCAUGGUGAACCUUAAUAUUGCUUUCAUAGAUGACAGUUUAUUAAAAGCACAUUAAAAGGACCAUUUACUAAUGAAAAAUGUAUUUAGUAUUCAUUAUAUGCUAUUUUAGUGUCAUAUAAAUAAUUGUGGCGUAUUGUGGAAAGGCCUGUUUAUUGUCAAUGCUGAUGCUUUUGUUUGUUGUCUAGCAUAUUAAGCUCAGUGUGAUGUUAUUGGUGUUUUUUGGAAGUAGAAUUCAUUGUUUCAAAAGAAAUUUGUCUGUUGAAGAAAUCUGCUGUGGCACAUUGAGAAAAAUUUUCAUUUGAAUAAUUUUCUAAUAAUAGUGAAUUUAUUAAAUUUAAAUAAAUAAAAUCUUUUAUGACGGAAUUUCUUAGAAAUGUUUUUCAAAAAUGUAGUUUUGAGUAUUAAACACAGCAACAAAUUUUUUAUAUCUGUUAAACAACAAAUUUAAAUAAUAAAUAAUUAAUAGCUGUGCAAUUCUGAAAUUAAAAGUGAUGAAUUAAUUGUAGAGUAUUGCAGAAACGUACUAUAAAGGAUGUAAGCAAUCUAGUCAAAACAUUUACAGUAUUAAAACCAAAAGACAUAGUUACAGUAUAUCAGAAAAUGGUUAUUUUUUAUAUAAGUAUUAAAGUUUUAAAUAGGAAGAAUUAGUAAUACUGUUUUUUAUUCUGAUCUAGCUUAUAGUGCUUUCCAAAUUUUGUAACACACAUAUUGAUCCUUUUCUCUUAUUAUUUGUAGCCUGCAUGUACAGAUGUGUAAGUUUUUUUUUAAUAGAUUGUAAUCAUUUAUGUAAUAAAAAUUUCAAGAAUCAUUUA